UUUUUAGCUUAAAUGUUUUUUAUAGUCUGUGAUUUUGUAAAAUGCUGCGUGUAACAAAUCGUAACAAUUGAAUCAUCCGUGACCGUCACUGAAAUUAGAAAAUACUGUAGUAGAUAAAGUGUUUUAUUUUCAAUUUAGUAGUUAUAAUUGUUGUUAUUCGAAAUGUCGAGACCCGGAGAUAGACCAAGUCAAGCUCAAACGUACAAGCUUGUUGUUGUCGGCGGCGGAGGUGUUGGAAAGAGUGCCAUUACAAUUCAAUUUAUACAGAGUUACUUUGUAACGGACUAUGACCCCACCAUUGAGGACAGCUACACGAAGCAGUGUGUCAUUGAUGACAUUCCAGCUAAGUUGGACAUUCUAGACACUGCGGGUCAAGAGGAGUUUAGUGCAAUGCGAGAACAGUACAUGCGUUCUGGUGAGGGAUUCCUCCUGGUGUUCUCGGUCGCUGACCACGCAAGCUUCGAUGAGCUGUUCAAGUUCCACAAGCAGAUCCUUCGCGUCAAGGACCGCGAUGAGUUCCCCAUGCUGAUGGUGGGCAACAAGGCUGACUUGGAGCACCAGAGAGUGGUAACAUUAGACGAGGCGCAAGCACUCUCCAGACAGUUGAAAGUGCCAUACAUUGAAUGCAGCGCUAAGGCGCGAAUGAACGUUGACCAGGCCUUCCACGAACUCGUCAGACUAGUCCGUCGUUUCCAGGAAGCGGAGAGGAUCCACAUCAAGUCAGAUAACAGGAUCAAGAAGAAAAAGUGCACUAUCUUGUAACAGCACCGGUGUGAGAUGAGCUUUAUAAAAAAAAUCGAACGUCAAAUUCAAAUGACAGAUGUCAACAUUUAAAUAAUUGGUGUCUGUCGUUCGAACAUAAACAUGGUGCUUCUAAUCUGAUGUUUUUGCAAAAUUCACUUUUUGUUGUUUUUUUGAGAAGCCUUUUUUAUUUAAAUAGCACCCUACUUUUAUUUAUUUUUAAGUGCUAAUAUAAUUCUUAAAUAUGUACAACCUCGUUUUUAGCGUUUAAGCUAUUUAUAUUUAAAUUGUACUGGAAUUCGCUUUGAAAUAUUAUUUAAAGCAAUUUAGUAACACUGUUGGCAUCGGAAGAAAUUAUUACAAUAAUACUUUAUAAGUUAAUAAAUUCUCUGCCAUCUUUGGCUGAGUCCGUUAGACAUAAUAAUCAUUACACUAAACUAAUUUGACUAAACCCUGGUUUCUGUAUUAAAAAACGACUCGGUUUCCUUACCAGUUGAAUUGUGUAAUUAACCAUACAUAUUAUCGGAAACCCUAGUAUCAAUAAAAAACUAUAAAUGUAAUAUUUAUACAUUUAACCCAGCAUCGGUUAUUUCUAGUCUUCAUAAGCAAAACCAUUUUAUUUUUGGAUGUAUACAUGACACAAAUAAGAUAUCCUUUUCAACGUCAUAUAUUGCCGCUGUAAGGGCUAAAGGUAUGUAAAAUUUAAGUUACAAAAGAACUCCAAAGUAUGUAAGAUAUCAUUGGAACAGUCAAGGGGAAAGUAUGUUAUUCAAUUUAAAAAAAAAACCAAUUGAUAUCUACCAAUUCAGUUAAAUUUAAGGCUUUAGUGUGAUUUUGAUGAAUAACCCUUUAAAAAAGAGGAUGCUUUAGCCCGCAGUGGGAUAGUUGCUUUCUAAGGAAAGCUCUACCGUGCCACGAGUGGAGCACUACACAGGAUCGGCCCCGGAUGCGUUAUAUCGGUACGAUCCAGUAGCCUCUGUUAUUUUCUGAUGCAAUAUUUGUUGGUAAUUCCGGAACUUUUGUUGGUAAUAAUCAAAUAUAGCCCAAUUCAUAGGGCUUCCAGGUACCUUUCUGCAGUAGUGAGAAGUUACAUGUUACUUAUAGUCAGUGUAUGCUUCCCUGCAGACAAAGUUCAGGCCUUUUACAUCUUUACAUUGGAAUAAUAUUUCCUUGUAUUUUAUUCAUAUAAAUUUCAUAUAAUUGUUGCUAUCAUAUAACUUUUCGCAAUUUUAAAUUGUACCCUAAUUUGAACAUAUGACCUUUUGCUUUUCUAGUAUCAACGUAAAUAAGAGAUUAUUAGUUUUUACUUCAGUUAGAUUACUUUAGAGAACAUGUUUAAUAAAAUCGAGUUAACACAAUUCAAAUUGGUUUAACAAAAUUUCUUCAAUUAUUUCUUAAGUUUUUUAUAUCGUAUAUAUUGUUUUGUGUUAUAUAUUAAGCAUUAUUCAUAUUUAUUUCAAACUAAGCACAGUUAACUUUACAAUCUAUAUAAUAAAAUUAUAUGUUAUGGUCGCGGAUACAACACCUGUUAAAUUUCAAUAGAAUUUGUUCUGUAAACUGUACCUGUUACUAUCCAGUUUUAUGUAAGUUGAAAUAUUGAUUAUUUUUUUUUGUAUAUUCGUACAUUUUAAGAGCAAACUAUUUCGCACAAUACUACAGAAUUUUAUAGUAAUAAUUACAAAAUAUCUGUCUACUAAAAAGAACUAAAUAUUACUGGUCAUAAAAGUUAAUCAGGAUAUAUAGUUUAAUAAGUUUUUUUCUUGUUUAAUCUGGAUCGGUAUUAAACAUUUAAUAACAUUUGAUUAUAAAUGCAAAAUUUUGCGAACUAAUAUCCCGGUUAAAGAAAGCGUUCCAAACUCUGUAAUGGUAAAAUAUUUUAUAACAAGUAAUGUAAUUAUGUCAGUAUCGUUUAUUCAUCCCUUCUAUAAUGUAAUAUUAUGUCACCUUUACAAUGAUAUUCUUGGUUUAAUUUAAUUUUUAAUAUGUAAGAAAACUUUAUAUAUUUUUUUAUAUCAAUAUUCGCUGUUACAAAGUUAUGUCUACUGUUUGUCGGGUAUCACUAUUAGUGAGCGACCGGCAGACGCGUUUGGGGCGUCGGGAACGCAUUCUUUCAGGGAACGGAUUAAAGUAGUGUUCACAUCAACGUCUCGAUACCAAAUACUAAUUUAUACUGUAUUUUUGUUUAGUUUGUCUAUUUGUAACGUUUGUCAGCAUACGGAUCGAGUAAAUUGAUAAAGUCGUUUUUGAGAUAUUGUGCACAAUUUUAUUACUAAAUGAGCUGUGAAUGUUCGUAAUGUUGUUAUUAUUGUUAUUAAAUGUUUCGAUACAUAAAAAUUAUCUAUCGAGAAAUGAUCGAUAAAAUUGUGUUGCCAAUGUUUUGCUGAAAUAUGACGAAUUGGAAUGUUUAAUAAUAAUAAUAUAAUGCACAAAGGACGGUCUUGACCUGGACGUCGAUGGUCUUACAAAUUAUUUUGUAUUAUUAGUAGAUGGGUCUUCCAAUAAGUAACUCUUGUGAAUUGGGUAUUUAAAUGAAAAAAAUAAUAUCACUCAUUUUAAUAGAUGAAGAUGACGUUUCACGUUAUGCAAUGCCAAUAUUUACGACGUUGUGACGUCACGUUCGGAAUAUGUCACUGUCAUUAUGCUAAGUUUUUUUAUUUUUUUUAAUUUGUUUAUAUUAUAUAUUAUGUUUAUAUCUCACGAGCAACGGUUCUUGGAUAUACGGGACUAGCCCACUGCCACUUUAGACUGUUAAUUAUAUAACUUCACUAUACAUGAUUCACUUAUGCUGAUGUUUAUCCUGCGGUUGGUUCGGUUUGUCAUAUGUUUCAUCAAUGAAAAAGGGAUUUGACAUACGCAUUGGCAAUAUUUCUGCCAGUGAGUUUGUUCCCCAACAUCAUAUCCGAGUCGGCGAUAAAUACGUAGAUGCGCCCCUUAUAUACGGGAAUCAGUAUUUAACGAAUAGUCAUUGUACUUGAGAAACGGAUCGUUUUUGAGUUGCGAAUAACAAGUUGUUAGUGGUUUCUCUAGGAGAUGUAUGUAUAUGUGACUUUAUUUGUUUAAGGGAUGCUCUUGAAUAAUACCGCCUGGGUGCAAAACGAAUCGUUUAUUGUACAAAGUAAUAGUACAUUAGUCGGCUGUUUCCGACGUUGUCAUGGCAUUAUACAUUUAUAAUUAUAAAAAAAAAAAAAACUAAAACUUAGCAACGUGAUCAUUCUAUUUAUGACAGGAAUAAUUUAAAUACCCAAUUAAUCCCAUCAGUGUUAGGUAUUUUGUAACAAAGAUAUACAUACUAUAUAUUUUU